AUGGCACCCAAUGCCCUACCACCAUUUGAUGCGCUCCCCUUAGACAAGUCCGGGCCGCCGGGAAAUGCUUGGGGAUUAUGGGGCGAAGAUGAUCAGCUUGGAAUGCUCAACCUCAUCACGUCUGAGACAGUGGCAGCAGCAGCAACUGAGAUUCGGGAGGGUCUAAGAAUAGCCUUGGACUGGCCACUAGACAAACCCUCAUUCCCUACAUUCGACCGCCAACGCUUCCACCAUGAGAUCCUUAAUAGAGCUCCAAUGACCAUGAAUGAUGAUGCUGUCGCUUUCAACACGCAAAGUAGCACGCAAUGGGAUGGCUUCAGGCAUUACGGGUAUCAGCGGACGAAGCAGUUCUAUCUGGGACAUGUACAAUCUGAUUUUGAAGGAGGUUCAAGGAAGCUGGGCAUUGAUGCUUGGUCGAAGAAAGGCGGUAUCGUAGGGCGUGGGGUUCUCCUAGAUUGGUAUUCUUGGGCUCAAGCGAAUGGAAUCUCUCGAUCUCCUUUCACAACCGGAGCAGUUGAGCUGCAACACCUCAAGGACAUUAUCAAGGAGAACAAUAUCGAGAUUCGUCCGGCCGACAUUCUGUUCAUUCGAGUCGGAUUCACUGCAGAGUACAACAAACUCUCAGUCGAGGAGCAACAGAACUUUCCGAACCGCCGACCCGGAGGACUACUUGGCUUUGAGGCCACGCGGGAUUCUCUUCGAUGGUUGUGGGAGAACCAGUUCGCAGCAAUCGCGUCCGAUGCAGCUGGCUUUGAGCGGGGCCCAGCCACCGGUCCCUACAACGAUCCUGAUAUACCGGGAGGCGUUGCCAGUCCAGCGAACGCAGUCGCGAUACUAUGA